UGUAAGUUUCUCUCUUUGAAGAAAAGAAAAGGAACAAACAAAAACAAGAGAAAGGGUGAGUUUCCCGCCCAAUUUUGUAGACACACUUCCAUUAAUAUAUGAAGAAACAAAAAAAGACCAAAACCAUCACAACUCAAAAACUAUCAAACGUUUAGCAGAGCCCACAAGUAGAUAAUGAUUUGUACAAACAUAGGCACAGCUUGUUACACACCAAGAGGCCGCAACUUCUUCCUAGACCUCUUGAACAAGGCCACAACUCUCUCCCAACUCUACCAAACCCACGCCCAAAUCAUCCUCCAUGGCCUUCACCACGACCUCUCCACCCUCACAAAACUCACUCACAAACUCUCUGACUUCAAAGCCAUUCACCAUGCACGUCUACUCUUCCUCUCUACCCAAAAACCUGACCUUUUCCUCUUCAAUGUCCUCAUCAAAGGGUUCUCCACCAAUCACUCACCUUCCUCUGCUGUUUCACUCUACACCCAUUUGAGAACAAGGACUAAUCUUAAGCCUGAUAACUUCACUUACGCAUUUGCUAUAUCGGCAGCCUCGGGUUUUGAGUCGGAAAAGUUUGGUCUUUUGUUGCACGCUAAUGCGGUUGUCGAUGGGUUUGGAUUCAGUUUGUUUGUUGGGUCUGCGGUGGUUGAUUUUUACUUCAAGUUUUCACGUAUUGAGAUGGCGAGGAAGGUGUUUGAUUUAAUGCCUGAGAGAGACACGGUUUUGUGGAAUACCAUGGUUUCCGGGUUGGUGAGGAACUGUUGUUUUGGUGAUUCUAUAGAGGUUUUUCAGGAUAUGGUUAAAGGUGGGGUGAAGUUUGAUUCUACAACUUUGGCAACUGUGCUUCCGGCUGCAGCAGAGUUGCAGGAUUUGGGAGUGGGAAUGGGGAUUCAGUGCUUGGCUUUGAAACUUGGAUAUGAUUGUGAUGAGUAUGUAACAACGGGUUUGGUUUCUUUGUAUUCAAAAUGUGGGGAGAUUAACACGGCAAGAUGGUUGUUUAGGCAGAUUGAUCGGCCGGAUUUGAUAGCUUGUAAUGCAAUGAUUUCUGGGUAUACUUGCAAUGGUGAGACCGAGUCUUCAGUGAGGCUAUUUGGUGAACUGCUUGCUUCUGGGCAGAAAGUCAAUUCAAGCACAUUGGUAGGGUUGAUUCCUGUCUUUUCGCCAUUCGGGCAUCUGCAGCUCUCUUGCUGUAUUCAUGGUUUCUGUGUGAAAUGUGGUGGUGUUUCACAUGCUUCUGUUUCAACUGCAUUAACUACAGUUUAUAGUAGACUAAAUGAAAUUGAAUCAGCACGGCUGCUUUUUGAUGAAACUCCAGAGAAAAGUUUGGCAUCUUGGAAUGCUAUGAUAUCUGGUUAUACUCAAAAUGGGUUUACAGAGAUGGCAAUUUCUCUUUUCCGGGAAAUGAUGUUUGAAGUCCAUCCAAAUCCUGUCACAAUUACAAGUAUUCUUUCGGCUUGUGCUCAGCUUGGGGCUUUAAGUCUUGGAAAAUGGGUUCAUGGCUUGAUUAAGAGUGAGAAUCUUGAGUCUAAUAUAUAUGUCUCAACUGCUCUAAUUGACAUGUAUGCAAAGUGUGGGAGUAUUGUGGAGGCUCGGCAAUUAUUUGACUUGAUGACGGAUAAAAAUGUAGUCACUUGGAAUGCCAUGAUUUCGGCUUAUGGCCUCCAUGGACAUGGGAAUGAAGCACUAAAGCUUUUUAAUGAGAUGUUGCAUUCUGGGCUUCCGCCAUCCAACGUUACUUUUCUUUCUGUCUUGUAUGCUUGUAGUCAUGCUGGUUUGGUGAGGAAAGGAAAUGAAAUUUUCCAUUCUAUGGUCCAUGAUUAUGGGUUUCAGCCAUUACCUGAGCAUUAUGCCUGCAUGGUUGACAUCCUUGGCCGAGCAGGAAAACUAAAUGAGGCCUUGAAAUUUAUAGAGAAAAUGCCAGGUGAGCCAGGUCCUGCUGUAUGGGGUGCAUUACUUGGUGCUUGCAUGAUUCACAAAGACACAAACCUGGCCCGUGUGGCUUCUGAAAGGCUAUUUGAACUGGACCCAGAAAAUGUUGGAUACCAUGUCUUACUCUCAAAUAUUUACUCAGCUGAUAGGAAUUUUCUUAAGGCUGCUUCAGUACGACAAGUUGUCAAGAAAAGAAAGCUGUCAAAGACUCCUGGGUGCACUCUAAUUGAGGUUGGUGAGACGCCACAUGUCUUUACAUCUGGUGAUUGGUCCCAUCCUCAAGCAACAGCAAUCUACAAAAUGCUAGAGAAGUUGACUGGAAAGAUGAGGGAGGCUGGAUUUCAAUCAGAGACUGUCACUGCUUUGCAUGACGUAGAGGAGGAAGAGAAGGAGCUAAUGGUCAAGGUUCACAGUGAGAAGUUGGCCAUUUGUUUUGGCCUCAUUGCUACUGAACCUGGAACUGAAAUCCGAAUCAUUAAGAAUCUCAGGGUUUGUUUAGAUUGCCAUAAUGCAACUAAAUUUAUAUCCAAGAUUACAGAGAGAGUUAUUGUGGUUAGAGAUGCUAAUAGAUUUCAUCAUUUUAAGGAUGGUGUCUGUUCUUGUGGAGACUAUUGGUGAAUUUUUUGUUUUCUACACCAGCCAAGAUUUAGAACAAGAGUCAUCAGAAAUCAUUGGGCAGAUUAUGAUAUCCUUUUUGGACAUUUUUGUUGAUAAUAGUGAAGGAGGUUAGCAUUGCAUCUGAGGGAAAUGAAGAUGGAACAGUUUGUUCUUUGGGAAGCAAAGAAAGCAAAUUAUAGGUGGUACAUGUCACUUUAAACUUCACUCAAUUUGACAUGAUGAAUUUCUAAAAACUUUUUCCUUGAAAAUGAGCUGGGAAGGUUUUAGCAUGUUACUCUUUCUAUCCUUUUUUCUAUUCUUCGCCAUAUUUAUCUGCUCUUUCUUUUCUUUUCUUUUUUUGUUCUUUCUCUUAGCCUUAUUGAC